CCCCCCCCCCUCGUGGUCAGAUGGCGUUUUGCUUGGCCGAGCUGCACUUGUGGUCCACCAAGAGCUCCCUCCAAGUGAAAGAUACAGAUAUUGGCACCUAUCAGUACUACAAUAAAGGAGAGCCAGCGAAUCCUCUGGAGCAUCACUAUUACAACGAGAAGCUCCGCUUCUGUGAAGCUCGGGGGCAUUCGUGGACCCCCACGAACCGCCGACCGGAGAAACUUCGUGAUUCGCUGAAGGAGUUGGAGGAACUGUUGCAGACCAACACGUGCGUCCACAGCAGGUGGAGGAACAAGCACUGCUGCCAGGCGUUGCUUAGCAGUGGAGUCCUGGUGACCCUGAUCCUAAAUGGACCUCAACUGGAACAAGUUUCUGUGGACCGGACACUAGUGGGCCGCCUUCCAGGCACCACUGUGGCUGAUGCGGUGCUGGCCGACAGGCUGAUGCUGCUGUCCUUCCUGGAGAACAACCAAGUGGCUGCAGUCUUCCUCCAGCAGAAGAACCAGGACUCCCCGGAGGCCAAACUCUCUCCUUCUGACAUCAGGGUGGCGUGCGUGGAGGCGAGCGGACGGAGGCGCCGCGUGCACCUGAGCCUCAACCCGCUCCAGGACGUGGCGCUCUGCUGGUGGGACCUGGACCAGCCCGGCGACGGCCCGUGGACGUGGACCCCCACCGACACACCCGGGAACAACCUGGUGCUGCUCAGCUGCUCCCCCGCUGAAGGCCUCAAGGCCCUCUCCUCCCUCCGGACUGAAGGGAACCCUCUGGACUGCUGCUUCAGCCUCCUUCAGCCCCACCAGCUGCUCACGGUGGAGCUCCCCGCGGCGGCCCCCGGCCCCGGAGAGGCCUCCUGGGCCGACGCCUGCGUCUACGACUGCUCUCCGGGUCGCCUGCGCCGCCUGUCGGCGUCCCGCGUCCCGCUGCCGUCCCGCCCCGUCUCCUGCUCGCGCCACCCCUCCGAGGCCUCGCUCCUGCUGGGCCUCGCCGACUCCUCCCUGGUGCUGCACGACCAGCGGCGGGGGGUGUCUCUGCUGGCCCCCUGCCCCCUGCGGCCCACCCUCCUGGCCUGGCACCCCGCCGGCGCCGUGGUGGUGGUGGGCGGGGAGCAGGGGGAGCUGAUGUGCUUCGACGCGGGCCUGGCCCCCGUCAGCACGGCGCUCCUGGCGGAGGAGGCGGGGGAGGCUGCCACGCUGAGACUAGCCGAGCACCUGCGCUGCGCCGGGGGGCUGGAGGGCCUGCAGUGGGCCGCGGGGCCCGAGGCCGACGUGCUGAUGCUGGCCUUUCACGGGGGCCCGCUAGCCGCGCUGCGGUUCAGACUGGGGGCUCUGGGCGGCGGGCGGACGGGUCCCGCCGAGCUGCUGCAGCAGCGGCUGCGCCGCGGUCGGGUCAAAGAGGCGCUGGGCAUCCUGGAGGCCAUGGACUGGUGCAUCAUGGGAGACGAGUGCUACCGCGGCCUGAGCUCGGUCACCAACCACCUGCUGAGGCUGGAGCUGACCGCGGAGCGAGAGGCCCAACUGGAAGCGGCUCUGGGUGUGUUUUACGCCCCCCCGUCGCCUCUCUCUGAUGUGGUGACACUCGAGUACAGGCAGCCAAUCAGCAGGCUCGCCCGCCGCUUCUUUCACCACCUUCUCAGGUACGGGCGCCUGGAGAAGGCCUUCCUCCUGGCCGUGGAUCUGGAGGAUAGAGACCUGUUCAUGGACCUCCAUUAUGUUGCCAGCGAUAAGGGCGAGGUGGUGCUAGCGGACGUGGCUAAGAGGCGAGCUAAUGAAAUCCAGGCUCAGGCGCUCGCAGGCAGCGAAGAUCCUCCGAGAGGCGGAUGCGGCGUGUUUGCUUCCAGCCUCGGAGACGGACCGACUGAGAGGAACCAGAAUGCAUCAGCACCUCCGAACCCAGAACCUCCCUCAUCACGUGAUGGGAGAGCCAAUCAGAGGAGACCACAGGAGAGCGAUCAUGUGACCGUGAACCCCGACGUGUUCAUGUCCCUGAGACGGACAGGACGCGGCGAUGCAGACGGAGACGUUGAGAACGAUGAAGACCUCGGGAUGCUGCAUGUCGUCCAUUUAGGAAAAGUUUAAGGAAUCAUUUCUCCAAUCAAUGGCUUUUUUGUGUGUUUGCAGAAUGCUCACCUGGAUAAGGAAUUAUUAUAUAUAUUAUAUAGAAACAGCUGAUGAGUGUUAUGUUGAACACGUCAUGUUGUAAAAUACAAAUAAAAACCUUCACUCAAGAACUGGGAAAUUUGGAGGUG